GUCAUUAUUUCGGUGCAUCUUCAGCGCAGCGGUGUUCUAAAUAUGUAGGCCUAUAGGCCUAUAAGUCACAACUGAAGUAUUUCUCAGACUAAAAGCCCUUCAAUCUAGAACAUUUGAAGUAAAGACACAGCGAGACAGAGAAUAGUUUAGCCUCGGGCUUCUAAGAACGACUGAAGUUACGCCUUCGGCUAAAAGAUUUGGACUCUCGAGUCAAGCUGACGUCACGAUAAUGCCCAAUUUUUAGUCACAUAUUUUGUGAUUGAUACUGAUAGGCAAUCACUAGGUAUAUGCCUAGUUCAUACAUGUUCAGUUGCAAGUUUUUAAAACUUGGUAAUAUAAUGACACAAACUUCUGGGCUACGUACUGCCUGAUUGGAUACGAAAUACGAAUUGGACUCUCUGGGUCUAUGAAAAAAAAAGCCACAAUAAAAAAAACAAGGUUAGACAGUUAGACCACAUGCAGUAAAGUGUGAAUAGAAAAGCAGUAUUUUUGACCAUUUGGAGCUGAAACUCACGUUGAGCUUUUGAUCUUUCAAAGUUACAGUAUCUGCAUGGUGCUACAAUUAAAACAGAAAAUAGUUUUACAUAGGCCUACACUAGAUUGGACUACAUAAGGAUUUAUAUUUCCUAAGAUUGUGUGUUUGAAGAGGCUAGCUGGACCCAAUGUUUAGAUUCAAUCAGUUGAAAGUGUCCAUCUAUUGUUCAUAUUACGUGCCACAACCGUACCAGUUGUCACCAUGAUUGAACUCGACUGGUGGAAAAAUGUCAUCGCAGCCGAUAUCUACGCCACCCUUAAACAACGAGAACAUGAAAUCCCGCAAUUUCACUGCCAGUCAUUAAAGUUAUGGAGCAGACGACAUCUUGUGGACUGGUUAUCUGUGAUUGUAGAACAACUACACAUUGACCCCAUGGCACAACAUCUUUCUGUGUACCUGUUGGAUUAUUUUCUCGAUAAAAUGGAUGUAGAACAUUGCCAUCUUUAUUUACUGGCUAUGACUUGUUUACGUUUAGCUAUAAAAUUUGAAGAGAGUUGUGAUAAAGUGCCAAGACAGGCUACUCUAAAUGCCUUCAUUCCAAAAACUUGUACAUCAGCUUUACAUGGCUAUACACCAGAUGAAUUUCUCAGUAUGGAACUAACAGUGCUUAAAUUUCAUAAAUGGCAGUUAGCUGUGCCGACUUCUGCUCAUUUCUUGCCUUAUUUUUUGACAAUUGCUGCUGAUGAAGGUGAUUUACAUAAUGGUGUUCCAAUCAUAUCAAAACAAAUAAUGUGUCAGUACAUAGAAAAACAUGCCAAAUAUUUUAUGGAGAUCUCUUUACAAGAUCAUACAUUCCGUGAUUAUAUGCCAUCAUUAGUAGCUUCAGCUUGUAUAGCAGCAGCUAGAAUCUGUCUAUUACUUACACCAACCUGGCCGAAACAUAUGAUGUUAUUAUCAGAUUAUUAUCUAGAAGAAUUAUUACCCUGUUUACAAUUAAUGCUCAGUACACACAGAAUGGAUAAAGUAAAUCAAGUAGCUCAAACUAGUCAAGUUGUUCCUUUUACAUCCAGUAUUCCAUGUACACCGUGUUUACCAUAUCAAGGUGCCUUUAUAGACUAUACUAAUCACAGGAAUUCAGUGGUGUUAGCAGGUGCUCCAGCUCUUAUCUCACAUCAGUUGCUCCGGUGAUAAUAGACCCCAUUUACUUUAAAUAGUGUACAGGUUGUGAAUGAAAGAAGUGUGAUGUAUUUAUUGUGAGUGAGUGGUACCAGUGAAACUGACACCUAUUGUCUGUGAUAUAACAACAUAUUUACAAGUUCAUCCAAACAUUAUCUGAUGUUAUAUACUGUUCAUUUAAUGUUCAUAGUUAAUCUUUCUUUAUGUGUUCAGUUUAUUCAAGUUUAAUGUGUUCAGUCAUUAGAGUAUUUAUUGAAAAAUUUGUUUUCAAUUUGGUAAAGUAAAAUAUAUUUUUGUAGCCCAAUAAAACCGUUUUUUUGCUCUCUAUAUAAUAUAUUGAAGUACUGUACAAUAUCUUUUCAAAAAACAAAUUCAGCUAUUGAGAAAAGUGUGAAUACCAGAUUGGAAACAAAAUCUGUAAUAUACUUCAUAUAAAAACUUUAGAUUAGAUUAGUUGGAUAGUGGGAUUAGUUAUUGAGAGUCCCACUUGAUUACAUGUUCAGUCAUAAUAAUAUUAAGUUACCUUGUAGAUCACUAAAAGCAUGUGUAGUACUAGUUGAUUGACACUAAUUAUUGAAAUUUUUGGCACUAUAUACUACUAAUACCUUAGAAUAAUAAAUGUAUUAUAUCCAUUAGUCAUUGUUUACACAUAGAUAUAAAUAACUUUAUUUGCACAUUUGUUUAAAAGAGUAAAUGUAUAUUUGAAAGCCAUGUAUGAUGAAAGUAUAAUAAGUCAAUGUUUAUGUUCAAGUUUUAAAUUGAAGCCGUUAAAAAUAAAUUGUAUUCUUAUAUAUUUUAUAACAUAAAUAUUGAGAGUUAUUUUGAGUUGGUGGGGGUGAUCGUAGAAUGGUUAGCACAUGCACGCUGUAUCAUAAGGUCUGUCAUUGACAAGUAGUAGGGUCACCUGUCCAACCUUGUGGGUUUCCUCCCACUGCUAAAGACCCCUACGUGCAAGCGAAUUAUUGAAAUAAAAUUGAACCAUAUGUUAGUCCCAAAAUGACCUAGUUUGUGUCGAGUGGGCAUUAAACCCCAUUUCUCUCUCUAUUUUGAGUUAAUGUAAUGUUUGAAUUAUUUUGAUUAUUGGAAUCCAUAUCUGCAUGAUUGAAAAAAAUAUCUGUGGACUAAGAAAAACAAUUUUAAUUCUGCAAAGAUGGCUAUUAGAAGGAAUUAUUGAUGUUUGGAGAUAUUAUAGGAAGCUGUUGUCAAUAAAUGUAUAGUUUUACUAAAAUAGUAAUUUCAGUGUAUUUAAAGUGUGUUUACACCAAUGAUAUAUUUUACUCUAGUCUAACAUUUGUUAAAAUUAAAUCAAUAUUUAGAGAUUCAUGAGUCACAUUUCUGAAAAUUAUCUACAAAUUAAAUGUUUCUGCUUUAAUUCUUUGAACUCUUUAUGAGAUAGUCACAUGUUAUAUACCUCCCGAUGUACUUUAAAUAUUCCAGUAUGAUAUUAGUCCUAAUACUUGCCACUGUUCUUUCAUUUUUUUAAAAGUUUUUCUCUUGAAUUGAUGUUGUUAAUCUUUUAGCUUCGCUGUUUCUGUCCAUAAUAUAUUUUAGUUUUUGUUAUACUCCUAGAUAAUUUGUAUAUAGUUUAUUGUCUAUGGUUUUAGAAAAUUUGAAUUUAACUUGUAAAUAUUGUAUAGUUCAUCAAUUCAAAAUCAGAAAAAAAUACAAAAACAGUAAUUAUGAAUAAAGAAUAAAGUUACUAUUGAA